GUGUGUGUGUGUGUGUGUGUGUGUGUUGUGACCACUAGGGGGCAGAGACAGGGCUCCACAACACUGUCCCUUCUGUGAAUAAUAGCUCUCUAAUGGGUAAUCUAGUGACAUCACUGCUGCCUUUUUCACUAGUAAUUAUCAGAUAUUAAAGGAAAAGUGAAGAAUUUUUUUUAAAGUGAGGUUGUUUGUGGUACUUAUCUAUAAUCACUUUAUAACCUACAGAAGAUGGUGAUCGAUAUGCCCCACGUUCACAGACAGGAGUUCUGGCAUUGAAGCAAAGCAAUGUACUGCCAUGAAGUGGGGCAGCAAUACAACUUAUUUUAGACACUAUACAAAUCAAUAUCAGUGUACACUAUAUUUAACUGUUCUUACAGUUUAUCUGGUAAGUACCUCAUACAACCCUUUAAAAAAUGCAGCUAAGCCUUUCAAUUCUGACAGGUAUUGAUUUGUUUGUUUUAGCCUCAAAUUCUGAAGUCCAGUGAUCCUCUGCUGAUCAUAUCGAGUGAACACACACGCUAAGAUAAAGAGACAGAACUUUGCUCUUUUAGUUGUGUUUUUUGUUUUGGUAGUGUUGAGGCAGGGAAUUUACAAAAAACCCAUUGAGUCAGUUUGAGGGUCUGACAGGAUGCAGGGAGCGGUGAGUCCGGGGUCUCUGCUGGUCCUGGGGUUGGCCUGGAUGCUGCAGGCCGGCCCUGUACUCCAAGAUGAUCUCAUUCCCAUACAGGAGAACUUUGACCUUGGCCAGGUAAGUGGACUAAAAUACAGAUUUUAUUCAUUCGUAGAUGACAAAAAAUUAGGUUAUCCCUUCCUCCUCCAUCUUUUUUGCCAUGGGAAAUGCUUUGCUCUACAUUAUAUUUGUCUCCUGCAGUUCAUGGGGAAGUGGAAUGAGGUAGCGGUGGUUUCCUCCUGUCCUUACUACAUGGAGGACAAGAGGGAGAACCCUGUCAUUGUUGCACUUGAUCUGCAACAAGUGGCUCCUGAUGGGAACUUCACCAUGAUGUCUGCGAGAUUCAGGAAUGGCACGUGUAAGCACAGAUCCACAAACUAUCGUUUGACCGACACUCCAGGACGAUUCUUCAACCAUGUUGCAAGGUUCGGAGCAGACGUUGAUUCAUUCGUGGUUCACUCCAACUAUAAUGAGUACGCAAUGAUGCUCCUGCUGAGCACUGAACAACCUUCAGGAACUAAAACCUCCAAAAUCAAGCUAUAUAGUCGGAGUAAGAGUGUGAGUGCUGCUGUGCUGGAAGACUUCAAGACGCUGGUCAGAGAUCAUGGACUGAGUGAUGACGCUAUCAUCGUGAAUCAGAAUAUAGGUCAGUGUUCAGGUGAGCAGGAGACGAAUCCCAUCUCAACUCAGCCCCAGGUACGAACUUCAUCCUCAUGUGCUGAAAUCUAAUUUGGAUACUGAAAAACCCUCGUGUCAUGCGCUCUGGAUACCUUAUGUUGAGACGUUUGUUCCCACCAGGUUGGAAAUAAAUGAGGGGCCACCUUUGGUUCCAGGGCGCUGCUAAUGUUUGACCAGGUGAUGACAAAUGAAUUGAGAGGGUGACUGAUCCUGUGAAACAACGGAAAAGGAGGGUCAUCUCACAAAGCAGACUAUGAUGUAAAACUAUGUAUGAGUGUGAAAAAACAUUUUCCUAAAAGAAAGAAACACAUUUGUUAUUACUGACUUUCAUAUGUGUCACGGUUUGUGAAACA